AGAGAGAGAGAGAGAGAGAGUUCUAGGGUUUCUCUCAUUCGAAUACGAUGUGUUUGCCGGCGAGCGCAAAGGAUACGGCGGAGGAGGAAGGCGGUGAAGAGGGCGGAGAUCGGAGGAAGGAGGUGGCGGCGAUGGAGAGGGGAAGGAGGAGGAUGCCGGAUCGGGCGCCGGAGACGAGGAUGGAAGCGGUGGCGAUGUCGGCGUUGACGGUGAGGUUCGUUUGGGCGGAGACGAUGGGGAAAUGGCCACUCGCGGAUCUAUUGAUCGGGGUCCGAUAUCUCUCGGGCCGACAGGGAAAUUCUGGAAUCUUACCAUGUUUGAAUACUGGAGUGAAUUUUAUAGAACUAAAAGGGCCUGAAGUCAUUGCAGAAUUAGCUCAUCAGUUAAAGUUGUUGACACUUUGCACGUUAUUUACAGCGAAAAAAUUUCCAAAGUUUUUGAAAUCUGCUGGCUAUUCUCAACAACAAGUUCUUCAAAAAUCAAAGCCGGGGUUUCUGCGGCCGUAUUUCACAAUUUUACAUGAUGAAAGCAACAAAUGCAUUGUUGUUUUGAUUCGUGGGGCUCGUAGUUUUAAAGAUCGAUUGACUGCUGCUACUGCUGCAGUGGUUCCUUUCCAUCAUUUGGUUAUACAAGAGGGCAAUCUCUGCAAUUUAGUCUUAGGACAUGCGCAUUGUGGGAUGCUUGCAGCUGCCCGUUGGAUUGCGAAGAGUGUUACUCCUUGUCUUCUUCGGGUAAUUAGUCAAAAUCCAGAUUACCAUAUCAAGAUAAUCGGCCAUUCAUUGGGUGGUGGUAUUGCUGCAAUUUUAUCUUACAUUCUUCGUGAAAGGGAAGAAUUUUCGUCGAGCUCAUGCAUAGCAUUUUCUUCAGCUGCUUGCAUGACAUGGGACUUGGCCGAUUCGAGCAAAUGCUUUGUCACUUCUAUAGUCAACAAUUCUGAUGUUGUUCCCACAUUGUCAACUGUUUCUGUCGACAAUCUGCGCUCCGAGAUUGCUAAAUCUUCAUGGUUAAAGAAAUUUUGGGGCCAAUUUCGAAUCACAAGAUUGUUGAGUGAAUUUUGUUGCUCAACAUUUGGAUCAUGCAUACCAUUUAUAUCAACAAAAGAAGAGAAGGCUGUAAUGAAACAUGAACAAAAUGGGGUGCAAACUGCUGUCCAAAAUGAUUCCUGUGUUUGCUGCACAUCAUGCAUAAAUUCAUGGCACUGCACAAAAGUUUACGAUACACAUCACAUCGGUUCAACCGUGCCAAGAUACAACAAAGAAACAUCGAUAGAUGAAACAAGUCUGUCAGAUUCUUCAGCGAGUUAUCAGUUGUACCCUCCGGGUAGAAUCAUACACAUGGUUACAAAACAAGAACAAGAUACUAAUAGUACUAGUGACAGUAUCACAACCGACGAAUUCUUCGGUAUUUAUGAAACUCCGAGAUGCAUGUAUGGAAAGGUUUUUCUUUCGCAAAAUAUGAUACAUGAUCACUAUAUGCCAGCUUAUGUCAAGACAAUGGAGCAAUUGAUCAACAGGUCUCAGAAGAUGAUGGUUGAUGUUGUUUCUGCAGAUAUAAUUGUGUAAAAUUAUGAAUGAAAUGCACUCAUUCUUUCAUUUGUUUGCUGUAAAUUAUAGGAUUCAAAAGCUGUGUAAUUGUAUAGCGUGUUGUUUUAA